CAACUGAAAAAGAAAAAAAGGGCUUUUCCACAAUCAGAUGAAAUCUCUCUACCUCUCUGUCUAUGUCUGGGUGCUCUCUCCUUCUCUCCUCUGCCGGCGCUGCGGACUUGGGGAACGACGAUACACAGAGUCUCAGCGGAGUCGUUCUCGCCGUGUCAACGCUUCUCACAAGAGAGAGAGAGGGAGCAGCAAUGGCAGCUUCAGCGAAGGGACUCGCCGUUGGAGACGAUCGUACUGCGAAUGGAGAAUGGGUUGUUGUUUCCUCCCGCCGAGGGAGACGGAGCCCACCCGUCGCCAGAGUUAAAAUCCCCGAAGCAGGAGAAUCGUGGGCGCCAGUUGAUUCCAUGAGCGAUCCCGAUAGAGUCUUGAAGCUAACCCAGAAGCUCGAGGCUUCGAUUAAGAAGAUGGAAAGCUCCCUUUUUUAUCAGACUUUGAUAGAGCAGAUUGAGGAUCCUCAAAUCUUCGGUUGCUUCCGUCGGGUGUUGGGGUCUGACUCGGAGAUGCAGAUGGUGGUUUACGGUAUAGGGAGCAUUGAAUCGUACGAGCCCCCGCGGUUGCAGCUAAGCCUGGCGCUGUUGAUGAAAAGGAAGUUCAGUUGGAUCGGAAGGGUAGAGGUUUUUGAUCCGGUACUGUCGGCAACGGAAUCUCGGGUCUUGGAGUCUCUUGGUUGUCUUGUUCUCUCCAUCAAUGAGCAGGGCCGUCGAAAUGCUAUGAAGCCGACUCUGUUUUUCAUGCCACAUUGUGAAGUGGAGUUGUACGACAAUCUUCUGCAAGCCAACUGGAGGGCUGACUCGUUGCAGCGUAUUGCCCUGUUUGGGAACAGUUUUGAGACGUACAUGCACGCAUCAGAAUUCAAAGGUUCAACUGUUCACUACGCUAAGCAUGUAUUGGCUGCUAGAGAAUUCACAGAUGAGUUCAAAGUAGAGAUUGUUUCGGAUGAUUUUUUCGGAGCUUUUCAUGAUUCAAGCUGGCAUUUUUUUGGCAGUGUGCUUGAUUCUGCGCUGCCAUCUAUAUGUACUUGAUUGAUGCUGUUAAUCAUUAUUCGACUGUAGAGGUUCCUGAACACUGUCUCAUCAUCGUUUCUUCUUGCUCCUUGACCGGAAUGAUUAAAUCUUGCUUUAUCAUUGGUAAAAGAAUUGGUUUAUAGACUCUGAGAAAUUGUGAAUAAUAGUAACCGCAGUCCUGCAGUUUCCUUUGGU